CAAGCCCAGCCGCUAUAAAUAUUCCUCUCAAACUCGUUCCUUCAUAUUUGGCUGCAACGAUUCCACCGCGAGCGGGGAAAGGACAGGUCCAAGCGGCUUCUCUCUUUUUCUCAGGUCUACUUGCCCACUUAUAUUAUUUUGAAGAAUUAGCUUAUAUCUGGCUGUCUGGCACUAGGGGAUGGCUGAGGAAGGGUACAAGGUCACCUUAAAUGUGUAUGACCUAAGCCAGGGACUUGCUCGGCAGCUCUCCACAACAUUUCUGGGAAAAGUUAUUGAGGGCAUAUGGCACACAGGGAUCGUGGUUUAUGGUAAUGAAUACUAUUUUGGCGGAGGUAUAUCACAAGCGCAAGCUGGAACAACACCAUACGGAAAACCAAUUAAGGUGGUAGAGUUGGGCAUCACCCACGUGCCGCAAGAUGUAUUUGAAAUGUAUUUGCAUGAGAUCAGCCCACGUUAUACAGCUGAAACUUACAGUUUGCUCACUCACAAUUGUAACAAUUUUAGCAAUGAGGUUGCUCAAUUUUUAGUGGGUACCACCAUCCCCGACUACAUCCUGCAGCUCCCUAAUGAAGUAAUGAGCAGUCCAAUGGGUGCCCUAAUCAUGCCAAUGAUACAGAAUUUGGAGACAACAAUGAAGGCGGGUGCUGUCCCGCAAGUACCUCAAUUUAGGCCUCCUAUGGCAGCCAAUCCUCUCCUGUCAGCAGCCACCACAGUAAACUCUUUGGCUGGGAGUUCAGCAACUAGAGAUGCACCGAUUAAAGUGGCUGAUAAAGUGGAGUGUGGGGAGAAACCAACUAAGCCUGUAGAGGUUAAGAUAUUGGAGAAAACUGAGCCACUAGGCAUAAAUGAAAAGGUUAAGUCGUCAUCAGCGAGUAUGGCAGAUCCGCUUGGAAAUGCUCGGAGCAAGGUGCAAGAGGAGAUAAGCCGUGAAUUUGCAGCGAUAAUGGCAACAGGUACGUUGCGAGCAAGUGAGGCUGCAGCUCUUGCUACAAAGAGAGUGAUGCAGCGCUAUGGGCAUCUGAAUCUUGCAGUGCCUCAAGGUUAGGGAUGCAAAGAUGCAAAUGUAUGUAAUUCUUUGAGGGAAUUGUGAUUCUCUAUUUGGAAUUUAGACCUUGGAACCAGUCAUAAUUUUGGAAUGUGGACCUUGGAACCAUUGAUUUUAAGAUCCGACUUCUUCUAUUUUUCUUACA